AUGUCCUCAGGUGCUACACCAGAACCCAUUCGCACAAACAGCCUGCAGGUUUAUGACCAUCGGUACAAAGCUGUGUUGGAUGGAGUGGAGACAGACGGUUUGAUGGAGAUUGAUCCAGAGGAGCGGAUUGAGAUCUUUCGAGUGGGAAAUGGGAGUCAGGAGGUUCUUGAAGUGCAUGACUUCAAAAAUGGUAUCACUGGGAUACGGUUUGCUGAACAUCAGAGGUGCUACAUCAGGACCCAAACGAAGAAAGUACCCACAGUGGCAGAAGUGCAGACUGAGGACAGAGAUUUACUGGCGCAUGAGACCGAGGCUGUGGAUAUGAAGGUGGAGGACUCCCAAGUGUGGGUUCCUGCUGAGGAGCCCAUCGUUAACCCAGACUUCCUUCUCGACUCCAAGAUCUGGGAGAUUUGCCAGCAGCUGCCCAUCCACUGGAUCCAUCCCUCCCCCCUGACCGAACCCGAGGACCAGGAUGUGGACACGCCCGACACUGAGGUCACAGGUCAACGCUUCGCCCGGGACGUCCUGGACCACCCUGCCGUCAAUGACUAUAGGGAUGUUGGAAUCGAGCUGGAUAACCGUCUGGAUGACCGUGGCUACUGCUGCCAGCACUGUCGCCGUGGUUACCACUACUGCCGCCGCUACCACGAGCCCCUGGGUGGCUUCAACCCCUGGCCGUAUUACUACCAGGGAGGCCGGGUCAUCUGUCAGAUUGUCAUGCCCUGCAACUGGUGGAUCGCUCGUAUGCUGGGGAGGAUCUGAAGCGAGCGUGGGCUGUCUGGGAUAUUAAAUGUUUAUGUUGUUCGGGGUGAAAAUGUAUCCCUCUGAUAAAAAUUCCAGACCGUUUCUGACACCAAAGCAGCCGAUGCAUACAAUUUUUAGUUUGCUCUCCCACAGAAUAUGAGACAGUAAAAACAGGGCAUAUAGAAUAUUUUGACUCUUUCUUAAAAGGGAAAAAAAACUUCAUUUCAUCAUAUUUUUUCUCCUGUUUUUUUCUCCUGCUUGAUCCUCAUCAAUGUGAGUCAUUUAGUUUGAAAAUAUCACAUGAAACUAUUUACGUCUGUCCUUUCUUUGCCUUUUUUGUCAAGACUUUAUUUUUACUUUAGGCAUAGCGAAUAAUUAUUCAGCUAAUAUUGAAAUGUAUGCAAAUGUAAAGUGCAUGAACAUGUAAAUCUCCAAAUGGUGCUGUCGCAUUAGAUAUUUGACCAAAUAGGGGUUACUGUUUGCUACCAUAAGCAUUGAAGGAUGCAUCUGCACGAACUGGACGGUCAUAAAUCAAUCCUUACUAUUUUAUUUGAUUUAAACCCAGUCCAAGAGCAGUCAAAGCAAUGGAUAAAAAAUGCUUAAUAGGAUCCAGAAAAUGAAACAAACCACUGCUCAUCUGAAUAUUUUAAGUCAAUUCUGCACUUUUCUGAUUCCUGACGUCUGACAGAUUUGAAUAUCAUUGGAUGAAAAAACAGACACAUAGACAGAGAUUCCAGCUUUUAUUAGUGGGAUAGAUACUAGCCAAGUAUGAUAAGGGCACCGGUGCAAUCCAAUAAAAAAGCCCUGCCGUAAAUUUUAAAACAUUUCCCGUUGUAGGGUGGUAAUUUAUUAGAUUAUUCUGAGAGGUGUUCCUCUUCCUUUGCCCCAACCAUUAACAUGCAUGAAAUCUUAUUCGUAAGGGACAUUUUUAACAUGAUAUCAGUCCAGCACACCUCUACCUCCUGUUGUAACCUCAGCUGUAAACAUAAAUGAUCACCUUUCUCACAAUUUAUACUAAAACUUAUUGAAGCUUGUAAAUAAAAUUUACAGCAGAGCUCUCCCGUUGGGUUGCAUUGGAUUACGCAGGUGUUCCCACUGAUGGUGUAUGAGAGUGUAUGUCUCAGAUUUUGUUGCUGUUGUUGUGUCCGUUCCUUUAGUGUGCACAUAACCUCCUGAUAGAAAAUCUCCACCAUGCCCAAUAGCUACAACAACCCUGAAGGACAAAACACUAAAGAGUGUUUCAGAAAAGAAAAGGUUACCAAAAAAAUGUUACCUUUGGGAUACAUGAUAGCUAUUUGGCCAGUCACUCGUUCCACAAUGCUCAGCAGAAGACCUGCAGAAUUUCAUCUUAAUCACAUCAGUCCAAUUAAGAAGCAUGAUUCAAGUAUAAAGAUCAGUAAGCCAGCAAAAAAAAGAUUUAGACAUUUAGAGAUACUCUGAUUCUGCCAGUAGAGAAAACGACCAAUGCCUUUUGAGUUUACAUCUGAUUCCAUGUUCUGUACCAAUUGUUCCUCUUUGUUUUUGGUAUUGUGGUAGAUGAAGGACAUAUAAUUAAAGAUGUGCAGACCUCAGAUGUCUUGUGAUGUACUUAAUGUUGUGGUUUCCUCCUUUCUUUUCAUGCCUGUUGCAGUCACUCAAACUGUGCGGCUUUUUCAACAUUUCCCUCUUUGCCGAGGCGAUUCUGAUGUAACUAUGCAUUUCUCAGUGUGCCAAGCUGAAAUAAGGCUCAUCUGAAGCUAACAGGAAAGAGAGGGGGAUACACUUUUGUAAUAGAUGUUCUGUCAUCACGGUAACAAGGUGCAUGGGUACCCAAGAGUAUUCAAGCUAUGAGAGAACAUUCAGAAGUUGAACAGAGAGACAAAAGCACUCGUGUUGUGAGAGCGAGCUCUGAAGUCUUCUGUAUGUUUCCAUCGCUUUACUUGUUUUUCCAAUUAAAUUUUUAUUGUAUGAAUAAUCUCCCUUGUCAUAUUAUAUGAAACAGUUCCCUUGAAAGACUCUUUAUCCAGGAGCGUUUGUGUGAGAACUCAUAGCAGCAGGGGCUUGAAUCCAUCCCUCUCCUCACUGCUCAUCAGCAGACGUUUAGUACAGACCAGAGUGAAUAAAGUUGUCUGAUUUGAUUGUUUUUAUUUUAUAACCUGAGACUUUCUGUGUAUCUGAUGAACAAUAAUGCUUUGAUUUAAAUAUCUUGCCUACCAUGUAAAUACUGAUGUUGACUCAUGUUGUCCAAGUAUGAUAGUAUUGUCGAUGAUAUCAAAAACAAUUUACUCUGACAUGGAUUUGAUGAAAAAAAGAAGAUAAAACACUAUGUAAA